CCUUUGUAUAACUAUUAUCCAAUUAUCAAGCUAUUCGGUACUAGUUCCUGUAUAUCAUGUUGGUAAACGACGCUCUAUCAUCGUACCUGGUGCCCCGUUGGGUGCUACUUGUCGUUCGAAUCCUGUUUGCGGCAUUCUCGCUGAUGAUUAUGAUUUGGAAGUUGUGCAUUGACAAACUGGAAUACUUUCGUUAUCUCACUACUAUUUCAUGGACGGGUAUUACCAUUUACUUUAUAAUGAUGUCCAUUGUGUCCAUUGUGUACCGAGACGCCGAUCUCAAAACCAAAUUUCCACGGGGGCUUGCACUCACGAUCCAGUUUCUAUUUUCGACAACACAAACUCUUGCAAUGAUUGUUUUGACCAUUUUCUGGGCGCUUCUUCAAUAUAUAUUGGAGAGCACAUCAGACAGAACGCUACUUUUCCUUAUAAUGACGCCUCAUAUAGCCAAUCUCGUUAUGAUGCAGGUUGAACUCUGGCUAACCAAGAUUAAGCUGCCCCUACUGAGUAUUGGAUUUACCUUGCUAUCAAUUUUCCUGUACACCCUAUGGGUAUGGUUAGCAAAGUAUGGGUUUGACAUUGACUUCCCGUAUCGAUUUUUCGCCAAUCUGAUGGAUAUCAGGAAAACACCAGGAAUGUCAAUUGCAUGGGUGAUAGCAUUUUUGGCUAUAUUUACCAUAAUGUCACUGAUAAUAUGGGCCGAGUCUUUGAUAAGAGAUCGACUAAUGCGCAUGCUAGUAGGCGAAAACGAAUAUAAUUCAUCUUCAGAAUCUAAUGUCGUAGAAAAGAACAUGGUAUGA